AUGGCACUUGCAGGUAUUUUCGCCAGAGAGGAACAUAAACCGGCCGUGGAGACGGCAAAAGACCUGGCUUUGAAGGCUGUCUAUUCUCGUUCAGUAAAAUCCGCCCGAUCGCUUGAGGUAGACGAAUCCAAGGUUGAUCUCUACUCUGAUGACUCUGGGGCUGGGAAGUCACUGGAUGAUCUACUGGCGCGAAGUGACAUUCAAGCAGUCAUCAUUGCCUUACCUAUCAAAAACCAACCGGACUACAUUCGGAAAGCACUGCUGGCGGGCAAGCAUGUUCUUUCUGAAAAGCCUGUUGCCGAGAACGUGAAAGAUGCUGUUGCUCUGAUUAAAUGGUAUCGGACUGAGAUGGUGGGCAAAAAUGUGACAUGGGGCGUUGCCGAGAAUGUCAGAUACACGAAUUCAUUUGACCACGCAGCCGACGCUGUUCAGACCAAGGGCCGCCAGCUGACUUUUAGAUGUCGCAUGCAAACCCUAGUCGAGGGCGGGAAGUACUUCGAGACUUCAUGGCGUAAAGUUCCGACGCAUCAAGGCGGCUUCCUGCUGGAUGGAGGAGUCCAUUUCGUAGCAGGGCUCAGGCUCAUGUUGGGCAAACACAAUCCUUUAGUGUCACUAUCAGCGCACUCUGCCCAGCUCCAGGAACACCUCCCUCCAGUGGAUACUGUGGAGGCUACAGCAAAGAGCAAGAAAGGAACGAUUGGUACGAUCUCCAUAUCUUUUGGAACAACCGCCAAGGGCAGCGAGUGGACGGUUGGCUGCGACAAGGGCUUCGUGAGCCUAACCCGGAACAAAGUCACAAUAGAUGACAAGACCGAAGAAAUCGAGGACGAGAAAACUGGAGUGCCUCCGGAAAUCAGGAAAUGGGGAGAAGCUCUGGCAGCCGGCACGACGAAUCCCAGACAGUCUCCUGAGGAGGCUCUUGCUGAUCUUGAGUUGAUCGAAGCCAUGCUGCGAAGCGGAGAGCAGGGAGGGAUUCCGAUCAUGCUAGAACACCAAGAGGUGUGA